UGUGUGCUUGAACGGGUAGACCUUCAGGUAACGCUGCUUCUCUGCUGCUGCACGCGCUCAACGUUACAGAGUGACGCAGCGGAAGCCCCGGCGCGUGCAGCGGACCGUCACAAGGCGCAAAUGAAGAAGGGGAAAAAAACCGCGCGCGCCUUAUAAUAAAAAAUCAUUAUCCCAGAGCACCGGAUUUUUCGACUCUACCAAACACUUCAGCUAGUGGGAUGCAACCGUAACGGUGACUACCUAUGGCUGUCGUAUGUAUGCUGGCCAGGAUGGUGCACUGUAUUACCCUGAAGUAAGAAACAAAAAGAAAGAAAAAAAAAAAAGAUUGGAAAAGCUAUGAAGUUAGAAGACCCCUUGGGCUAGUGUCCAUAAAGAAGUAAAAGGAGCAGCUGGUUCGGACAACAUCUUCAUGAUGGUCUUGUUUCUGGUGGCCACACAUCUUAUAUCAAACACUUCCUCACAUGCCAACUGGACUGCAGAUCCUCCUGCUCCUCAGGGUUCCCACAUCCUCCCUGCUGCUCUCGUCAUUUCUCUUCUUGUCAUCAUCUUCAUACUCCUCGCAGUCUACCUACUUAGGUUCCGGCACCAAAGGAAGGAUCUUGUCACUUCGGUUGACAAAAAACUACCCAAUGGCUUCCUGGAGGACCAAGAGCAAACAUUGGUGCUCCUUCCCAGAUCGCCCUCGCCAUCAAAGCAUUACUUCCCAAUCCCACUGGACUCUCUGGAGGAAGAGUACCGCCUCCGCAUGGCAGAUGACGGCAAGCUGUUCAGAGAAGAAUUUAAUUCUUUGCCGUGCGGUUUCGGCCGUGGAACAUUCGAGGAAGCGAGCAAAGAAGAGAACAGAGAAAAGAACAGAUAUCCAAAUAUACUGCCCUAUGAUCACUCGAGAGUGCUGCUUUCACACACCGAUGCCCGCAUGUGCUCAGACUACAUCAAUGCCUCGUACAUAGACGGUUACAAAGAAAAGAACAAAUUCAUUGCUACUCAAGGCCCGAAACCGGAGACAGUUGCUGAUUUCUGGAGAAUGGUUUGGGAGCACAAAUGUGCCACUAUAGUCAUGUUGACUAACAUACGGGAAAGAAAAGAGGAAAAAUGCUAUCAGUACUGGCCAGAGCAGGGCUGCUGGUUGUAUGGAUGUGUGAGGGUCUCUGUGGAGGAUGUCACAGUGCUGGUGGACUACACUAUCAGGAAGUUUUGUGUACAAUAUCAAUCUUCAGAAGGCUGCAGAUCCCCAAGGUUGGUCACUCAGCUCCACUUCACCAGCUGGCCCGAUUUCGGUGUGCCACUUUCUCCUAUCGGAAUGCUGAAGUUUCUCAAAAAAGUCAAGAGUGUAAACCCAGCCCACGCCGGACCCAUAAUCGUUCACUGCAGUGCUGGGGUCGGGAGGACCGGGACGUUCAUUGUGAUUGAUGCCAUGAUGAACAUGAUGCAUGCUGAGGGCAGAGUGGACGUCUUUGGUCUCGUGUCUCGAAUACGAAACCAGCGCUGCCAACUUGUACAGACAGAUAUGCAGUACUCAUUUAUUUAUCAAGCCUUGCUGGAGCAUUUCCUGUAUGGUGACACUGAACUGGACGUGUCCUCCCUGGAGGGCCACUUGCACAGACUUCACAGUACUCACAUACACAUGGACAGAGUCGGGCUGGAGGAGGAAUUCAGAAAAUUGACUAAUGUUCGAAUUAUGAAGGAAAACAUGAGGACUGGGAAUCUGUCGGCGAACAUGAGGAAGAACAGAGUGCUGCAGAUUAUUCCCUAUGAUUUCAACAGGGUAAUCCUUUCAGUGAAACGAGGUCAAGAAUUCACAGAUUACAUAAAUGCCUCUUUUAUUGAUGGUUACAGGCAAAAGGAUUACUUCAUUGCUACCCAGGGCCCGUUAGCACACACCGUGCAGGACUUCUGGCGCAUGGUCUGGGAAUGGAAAUGUCACUCUAUUGUCAUGUUGACGGAGCUAAAAGAGAGAGAACAGGAGAAAUGUGUGCGUUAUUGGCCUGCGGAGGGCAACAUUAUGUUCGGGGAAUACAACGUGGAGUUGAAAAGAGACACGCUUUAUGAGAACUUCAGCCUCCGAGAUUUGCUCCUGACGUACACACCGGAGAAGCAAUCUCGCCUGGUCAGACAUUUUCACUUUCAUGGUUGGCCAGAGAUUGGAAUCCCAUCAGACGGAAAAGGAAUGAUUGAUCUGAUCGCUGCAGUGCAGAAACAGCAGCAGCAAUCUGGCAACCACCCCAUAGUGGUGCACUGCAGUGCCGGAGCAGGCCGGACCGGAACAUUUAUUGCCCUCAGUAAUAUCCUGGAGCGGGUUAAAGCUGAAGGCUUGCUAGACGUGUUCCAGACUGUGAAGAGUUUACGCACCCAGAGACCACACAUGGUCCAAACUGUGGAACAGUAUGACUUCUGCUACAAAGUGGUACAAGAUUUUGUAGAUAUCUUCUCGGACUAUGCUAACUUCAAAUAAUUUCAAAAAGCAUUUUUCCAUCACUUUUGAUUCAACAUCUAAGUUUGUUUUGCUUUCAGUUCUGAGAAAUUCUCACUAAGUUAUAAUACUCUAUGCACUUCAUCAAAGUAUUGCAGUUACACUAAAAUUAUUAUUUUUUGUUGUACAUAAGCAACUCCUCACUGUGUAACCACAUGAAGACAACUGACACAUGAAGACAACUUGUA